AUGCUACAUGGGAAGGUUCAGAACUUCUCCCUACACGUCUGUUUCAUCAUCGUCCUCAUUGUUGCUUUAGUUGAUGGUCACGUUUACCCAAGUUUUUCACAAGAUGACACAGAAUUCCAGCAUCUGGUGCUCCAUCCGGACCCAUCUGUUGGGAAAGUGUAUGUAGGGGCCAGGGACCACCUCUUUCAGCUGGAUGGAUUAGAUGGACUCAGGUUGGAACAAGAAGAGAGGACUGGUCCUGUGAGUGACAGCAAAGACUGCAUUCCUCCUGUCACAGAGUCCAACUGUCCCCAGGCCAGGAAAACCAGUAAUCACAACAAAUUAUUGCUGGUGGAUCCCAUAGGAUUGGAAUUGAUCACCUGUGGCAGUGUUUACCAGGGUACAUGCCAAAAACGGAGCCUGACUUCAAUCAGACAGGUUCUUUUCUCUACUGAGAGGCCAAUGGACACUCAGUAUGUGGCAGCCAAUGAUCCAUUGGUUUCAACAGUGGGGCUUGUGGUGGGGCUUCAGGGUAUCGAAAGGUCUGUAAUGUACGUGGGGAGAGGCUACACUGCCAGCCAGCCACCCAUUUCCACCCGACACCUUUCAGCAGAGCCAAUUUUUUCAUAUGAAGAGACGGCAAAGCUUGCUGUAGCUGGCCGUCUGUCAGAGUAUGACCAUCAUUUUGUGACCACUUUCACACGGCGAGCAUAUGUAUACUUCCUGUUUUACCGACGAGACAUAAAGUCAUCAUCGAGGGAAUAUCAGACGUAUGCAGCCAGGGUUUGCCUUAAUGACACAUCUUACUAUUCCUAUGUGGAAGUUCCUCUUGUUUGUCGAUCACCAUCCUCUCCUUCUAGAAUUUACAACCUUCUCCAAGCAGCCCAGGUGGGUCAAGGUGCAGGCAGGGAGGGUCAGGACUUGCUGGGAGUUUUCUCCACACGCGUCAGCUCCACUAACCAAAAUCCAUUGGAUGGCUCAGCUUUGUGCAUCUUUCCUUUGGAAGCACUUGACAGACGCAUUGACUCUAUAAGAGACAUGUGUUACACCCAAGACGGGAUAUUGGAAGAUGGAAAAGAGGUGGCCUACAUAGAGUAUGAGGUCAAGUCUAGCUGUGCCAAACUACUAAGGAACACUCUUCAAGCAUAUCCCUGCGGCUCUGACCACACUCCGAGUCCUAUGGCAAGCAGAGUGCCUGUUGUAGCUAAGGCUGUGUGGCAAACGUUCUCGACUCACCUCACUGCUGUUGCAGUCAGUGUGAGGUACGACCACAGCAUUGCUUUCCUUGGAGACUCAAAAGGGACGCUUCACAAGGUAUAUCUGGGCCAAGAUAGCCAAGUAGAGGUGUAUGCCAAUGUGACUAUCCAGCCCUUUUCCCCCAUUAACAAGGACCUAUUACUAGACCAGAAAGGCGCACACAUCUACAUUAUGACCAAAGCUUCAAUAGAGAAGCGUCCUGUGGCAGAAUGUGGAGAUCACCUGGAUUGCCACUCUUGUCUGUCUGCCAAUGAUCCGUACUGUGGCUGGUGUGUUCUGGAUGGACGGUGUGGACAACGUUGGGAGUGCCGGCGAGGGUUAGACAAGGGUCAGUGGUUGUGGAGUUUCAACCACACGCAACAGUGCCUCAGCAUCCAGGAUCUCAGCCUGUACAACAUCAGUCAUGGGGAGAAAACAAAUAUAGCAGUGUCAGUCGAAGGACUCCCUAGUUUGGGAGAAGGAGAAGCCUAUUCAUGCUUCUUCCAUGAUGCAGAAACUCCCGCCUUGUUUACGAACACUGGUGUUGUUUGCCCAACCCCUGAUGCUAGUCAUCUGCCCCCUAUUGUACAUGGAGAUGACUUCGUGAUGGUGAUCCUGUCCCUACGUUUCCUCAACGUAACAGUAGCAGAGACAGAAUUUACCUUGUUCGACUGUGGCCUUGUGCAGAAGCUCUCUGAACGAAGGCCAUGCCAAGGGUGUGUCAGUAGCCGCUGGGGCUGUAACUGGUGUAUCCACGAGCAUGUAUGCACACACAGACACACCUGCGGCCAAGGAGUCACUAUCCACAAUCAAAAUUUCAAACCACCGACACCCACCAUUCCACAACCCACCAGAAAACAGGCCACUUUAACUGUGACAACUGCUACAACAACAGCAAUAACAGAGAAGCAGCUGCCACCCACCAUGGCUACUGCUGCGUCCACUGCAGUUGUCACCACAGCGACAAGCCCUACUACGCUUAUCAGCGGGUCCACAUCACAUCAUGCCAUGGACACCACACCACACUUCAUAAGGACCACCAGCCCGGACCCAGAUGUCAGCUUCACAGACACCAGUUCUAUUUUUGACAUGCUGACAACCUCUGACUCAAAUGUGGCCACAACCGGACAUAUGUCAGAGGAUGAAAUGGUUGACAAAGCUAGCAAGACAUCUCAAAUUACUUUACCUAGCAGCACGAUUGGCCCUGUAGACUAUGAAGUGGGCAUUGUAGAACCUUCCGGCGAGGCAGCUAGCUCUUCUUCCGGUAUAAGUUCAACCACAUCCGGUGAAGUUGUUACUCUGCCAGACUUUGCUGGCAGUGAAUUGACUGAGGAAAUACCAGUCAUAAGCUCUGAUAUGAGUGAAACUUCUCAAUGGGAGUGGGAGAGGUCUGAUGGUGGGGUAGAUGGGGACAGAAUUCCCUUUUUUCAGACUGAGGCUAAUGAAACCCUCACCAACACACAAUCUCCGGGCAUGGUUAUUGAGCCCAACUUUCAGUUGGACAAAAAUUACCAAGCAGAUUCAUCGGUUUCUUACUUAAUGGAUUGUCCUUGUGUGGAGAAAGUUCAGGAUUCCGCCCUCCUUCCUAUCAAUGUAGAAAGGAAGAUUACACUUUUGGGACAACACCUGGAUCUCUUUCAGGAUGAAAAUCUGGACUACGAGUGUGUGUUGGACAUUGAGAAUCAGUCAGUGGUGGUCGAAGCAUCUGUGGAGCUGGAUGCCAAACAGCCUUCCAUCUUUUUGAUUACCUGCAAACCGCAUCAGUUUACUUAUUCUUCUUUGAUGGAGGAAUACUCGGCCAUGAUCAGCGUAAGAAGAAAAGAUAACUUCCUCAUUGAUGGCGCUGAUGACCUUUUCGUGACUCUGUACAACUGUUCUGUGGGGAGAUCCGACUGUAGUCGAUGUCGUACAGCCGAUCCCAAGUAUGCUUGUGUCUGGUGCGGGGGGCCUGCUAGCUCCCACUGCAUCUACCAUGGGUCCUGCACUGAUGACGUCAAACACACUUGUCCUGCACCUGUCAUUCACUUCUUGGAUCCUGUGACUGGCCCUGUAGAGGGAGGAACCUUGGUGACUAUUUCAGGUUCCAAUCUUGGCCAGAGGGCUGAAGACAUUCACAACUCUGUCACACUUGCCGGGGUUCCCUGCAGUGUCAUCCAUAGCAGAUAUGAAGUCUCUUCAAGGAUAGUGUGUGAGACUACAAGCAGCCAGGAGGAAAAGAGUGGGCAGGCAUCCGUCAAAGUAAGCGGGGGAGGACUGGGACUGUCUGUCCAGAUUUUCAGCUUUCAGGAUCCCAUACUGAAUGGUAUUUCCCCCAAGAGAGGGCCUAAAGCAGGGGGCUCGUCUGUCACCAUCAAAGGUCGCUGGCUGAAGACGGGCCACCCAAGUGAUGUCAGCGUUCUCAUCGGAGGAAUACCAUGUAUGGUGCUAAGCAUAGAGGAGGAUCAGAUCUGCUGUUUGACCAGAGGCAGUAACAGAACAGGCGAACAUGGCAUCAUGGUGCGCUUUGGAGGGGCCGAACGCCACCUACAGGGUGUUGUGUUUUACUACACAUCCAACCCCAACAUAUCUCGGGCAGCACCAUCUAAAAGCUUUCUCAGUGGAGGCAGAAUUAUAAGAGUGUCCGGUCAAAACCUGGAUGUGGUUCAAGACCCCAAAAUUCGGGUCACCCUCAGCCCACCUGAUUCCCUUCCUCCACGGAGGAGGCGGAGCAAUAGUCAGUUGAAUGAAGGACAAAAUCAAAAGACACCCCUGAAACGGGGGAAGAGGAUCAUCCCAGAGGUGGACUGCUCUCAGGGUGCACUAUGCCAUGUCAAGCAGGUUUGGAAAGUUGUAAAACUACGUUUUUUUUCUACUACUAACUCUUAAUUGCAUUUUUUUGUUUGAUUCCUAUUGCAGUAUGAGUCACGCUGUUCAAUUAACAGCUCUACGCUCAUCUUGUGCCCGACACCGGCUGUGGGACCAGAUGCCAGGAGAGCUCGGGUCAAAGUUCAUUUCCUGCUGGACAGUCUUCAUUUUGAUUUUAACACAGUAGGCAAUGAAGCCUUUAGCUAUGAGCCCAACCCAAAGCUCUACAUGCUGAAUCGCAAUCACCCGGACAAACCAUACCACCACAAACCUGGCAGCAUAAUCUCUGUUGAGGGAGAGAAUCUGGACCUGGCCAUCUACAAACAUGAGGUCCAGGCCAGAAUCGGUGACGGGAUAUGUUCAGUGAAGACCCUGACCCACAACCAUUUGUACUGUGAACCACCAGCCAAGCAGCCAUCUGUACGCACGAUCCAGAAAAAAGAUAUUAUGGACAGUCUUCCAGAGUUCACUGUGAAAAUGGGCAACAUGAACUUCUCUUUGGGUAGAGUUCAGUAUGACAGCCAUGGCUUGUCCAUCUUUCCCCUGGAGGCCCAAGUGGGUGUUGGGGUGGGGGCCUCAAUAGUGGUGCUUAUUGUGCUAAUAAUAGUUCUCAUUUACCGGAGAAAGAGCAAACAGGCUAUGAGGGAUUAUAAAAAAGUACAGAUCCAGUUGGAGAAUCUAGAGACCAGUGUGCGUGAUCGCUGCAAAAAGGAGUUCACAGACCUGAUGACCGAGAUGAUGGACAUGUCUAGUGAUUUGGUGGGCUCGGGAAUUCCCUUCUUGGAAUACAAGGCGUACGCAGAGCGCAUUUUCUUUCCAGGCCACCAGGAGUCACCAUUGAGACAAGAUUUGGAUGUCCCAGAAAGCCGAAGGCAAACAGUGGAACAAGGGCUUGUUCAGCUGUCUAACUUGCUCAACAGUAAACUGUUUCUCACCAAGUUUAUUCAUACUUUGGAAGCUCAGCAGACAUUUUCCCCAAGGGACCGGGCCUAUGUAGCCUCUCUGCUGACUGUGGCCCUUCAUGGUAAACUGGAGUACUUCACAGACAUUCUAAAGACUCUGCUUAACGACCUGGUGGAGCAAUAUGUGGCUAAGAACCCAAAACUGAUGCUUAGGAGGACUGAAUCAGUGGUUGAGAAGCUCUUGACAAACUGGAUGUCCAUUUGCCUGUUCAACUUCUUGCGGGAAUCAGCAGGAGAGUCAUUCUACAUGCUGUUCCGGGCAAUUAAGCACCAGGUGGACAAAGGACCUGUUGAUGCUGUGACAGGAAAAGCCAAGUACACUCUGAACGACAACCGGCUGCUGCGAGAGGAUGUCGAGUACCGCACCUUGACCCUCAAUGUUGUGAUGCCAGCUGCUGCUGCCAGUGGAGGAGCCUCAUCUCAGACAGUGCCUGCCAAGGUCCUCGACUGUGACACCAUCACCCAAGUCAAGGAGAAACUUUUGGACCAAACAUGGAAGGGGACAUCUGUUUCCCGGAGACCGCAUGCCGACUCCUUACAUCUUGAAUGGCGCUCAGGUGUGGCUGGUCACCUAAUCCUGUCAGAUGAGGACUUGACAUCAAUCGUACAGGGCUCGUGGAAGCGCCUCAAUACUUUGCAACACUACAAGGUCCCUGAUGGAGCCACUGUCGCCCUCAUCCCCAGAAGCACUAAAAAUCACCUCCAUGACAGUCAUGAUUACAUGCCUGGAGAAAAGACUCCUAUGCUGGAUGAUGGUGAGGAAGGCGGCGUUAAACUGUGGCAUUUGGUGAAAGCCAGCGAGGAGUCAGAACUGCCUAAACAUAGAAGGGGCAGUCUGAGAGAGAAGGGUGGUGAACGAGCUAAGGCCAUUCCUGAAAUUUACCUCACACGACUUCUCUCCAUGAAGGGCACGCUACAGAAGUUUGUGGAUGAUUUAUUCACGGCAAUCCUGAGCACUAGUCGUCCUGUCCCUCUGGCUGUCAAAUACUUUUUUGACUUGCUGGAUGAACAAGCCUUGCAGCACAACAUAAGUGACUCGGAGACCAUCCAUAUCUGGAAAACCAACAGCUUACCGCUGCGAUUUUGGAUCAACAUCCUGAAGAAUCCGCAGUUCAUCUUCAAUGUGCAGACUUCAGACCACGUUGAGGCAGUGCUGUUUGUAAUCGCUCAGACUUUUAUGGACUCUUGCACCAUUGCUGACCACAAGCUGGGACGGGACUCCCCCAUCAACAAGUUGCUCUACGCAAGAGACAUCCCACGCUACAAACAGAUGGUGGAGAGGUACUAUGCAGACAUCCGUCAGACAAUCUCAGCCAGUGACCAGGAGAUGAACUCAGCUCUGGCAGAGCUCUCCCGUAACUAUGCCGGAGAGGUCAACUUCCUUGUUGCUUUGCAUGAGCUGUACAAGUACAUCAACAAGUACUACGAUCAAAUCAUCACAGCCCUGGAGGAGGACUGCACAGCCCAGAAGAUGCAACUCGGAUAUAGGCUGCAGCAGAUUGCUGCUGCCGUUGAGAACAAAGUCACAGAUCUAUGA